CCUUCCUCUCGCCCGCUGCGUCCACCUGGCUGUCGCCAGCGCCCAGGACGCGGGAGCAGCACGACGAGACCCUGCGAGGAGGCUGUCACCGUUGCUGCCGCCGGGCAGCGCGGGCUCGCGGGGCUGGUGCAGGGUCACCGCAGGAUGGCUGUUCCACGGGGUCAAGGCUGGGUCUCCUCCCUUCUCCUGCUUUCCUGAUGCCUGGUCUCACGGGGAUGGUCGUGAGCCCUACACGAUGGCAUCAUCGACCUCCCUCCCAGCUCCUCGCUCCCGGCCCAAGAAGCCUCUGGGCAAGAUGGCUGACUGGUUCAGGCAGGCCCUGCAGAAGAAGCCUGCGAAGAUGCCUGGCUCCCCGGAGAGCGCCCCCAGCGACAGCCCGCGAACCCCUUCCCAGGCAGGGCCCGCGCCCUCGGGCCUCAGUGCCAGCACCUCCCCCGCCCCGCCAGCGGCACACGAGGGCGCCUGCAGUGACAGCGGCACUGGCAGUGGCCGCUGGAGCCGGGACUACGAUGUGUGUGUGUGCCACAGCGAGGAGGACCUGGCGGCCGCCCAGGAGCUGGUCUCCUACCUGGAGGGCAGCGCCGCCAGCCUGCGCUGCUUCCUGCAGCUGCGCGACGCAGCCCCGGGCGGUGCCAUCGUGUCUGAACUGUGCCAGGCGCUGAGCAGCAGUCACUGCCGAGUACUGCUCAUCACCCCGGGCUUCCUGCGCGACCCCUGGUGCAGGUACCAGAUGCUGCAGGCCCUGUCCGAGGCCCCAGGUGCCGAGGGCCGCACCAUCCCUCUGCUGUCCGGCCUGUCUAGAGCCGCCUACCCACCCGAGCUCCGGUUCAUGUACUACGUGGACGGCAGGGGCCCCGACGGAGGCUUUCGCCAAGUCAGGGAAGCAGUCCUGCACUAUCUACGGACACUUGGUUGACACUUCUCAUGGCAUCGUGGGACCCGGUUGGUUGGAGUAAAACUGGACAUAGAGGCCCAUGCAGGGCCUUGGCUCCAGCAGAUAUGACAAGAGGCAUCAGGAGCCAGAGUCUGCAGCACCUUGUCCAUGACUUUGAGAUGUCCAUCAGGCUUGCCUUACUGUGGCCUCCCAGGAAGGUCAAGGGGAAGUCAGGGACUCCCCCAGGAAGGCCAUGAGGAAGAUGGGGCUUUCCCCCAGGAAGGCCAUGGGGAGGCUGGGGACUCCCCCAAGAAGGCCACGAAGAAGCCAGAAGUUGGAGGUGGUGGGAGGUGGUACCGUUGCUGUGGAGCUCUGCAGUAUUUUGCCUCCUGGCUAAGCAGACAGGAAACUGGGCGUGCACCUGUUCUCUUCCCCCGCAAGCAGACACUGGUGCAGACAGGCUGCAGGCCUUUGCGAAGAUGGCCUCCCAGUAGCCUGGGGAAGCCCAGAACAUGAGCCAGGGGAGAGCAGAGGCCAGGGAUGAAGCCCCUCCCACCCACACUACUGCAGCUCUCGUCCUGAGGCUGGGCCCAGCCCCAGAGCCCUACGUGCUGUGCUGCGUCUCACUCACUGCACUCAAGUCACUUAAGACAAACCUGGAAGCUAUUCUGAAUACAUAGGAGAGGGGAGGGUGAAGAGAAGGAAAAGUCAGGACCCAGCCCCUUCACUGGGGAUCAAAGUGUCCCCUUCAGCACCCCUUCUCCUCCAUCCUGUGACCCCUGGUGCUUUCUCAGUCGCUGCCUUCACCUUUGGACAGAGUCUCCUUGGGCAGCACCGUGUUCCUUGCAGGACAGGCACGGCUUCAUUCAGCUGUUCUCAGUAAGUUUGUUUUUGAACUGAAAAGGAGUUUGUUAUUUCCCCCAGUGGGGACUUUUGUGCCUCGUCUCUCACCUCCCACAUCAUGUGCCCUCUUUGAACACCUUUUAUUUUUACAAUUACAUGUGAUGUUAUUACAUGGAGAAGGACUAAGGAAUGAUACCACUCACGGGCCUCCCAGCCAGCUUAGGAAGCAAGACCUCACCAUUCCUACUGCUCUCCGUGCCCUGGAUGACACGCCCUCACCUCCCGCACUGGGAAUAACCACUCUUCCAGAUUGUUCUUGGUUUCUCUCUAUAAUGUCCCUCCAUCCCUCCCGGCACCUGGUGUAGGUGUACAGACUUUGCGCUGACGUAAACGGCAUCAAGUCUGUAUUCUGUGGAGUCCUGACCCCAUUCACCCUGUGCUGGUGGGACUUGCCAGUGCUGAUGGGUGCUGCUCCCACUCUGCCCUUUCAUAAAUAAACACAGCACCGUUGACUCACACAUUUUUCUUUCUUUUUUUUUUUUUUUUUUUUUUUUUUGACAGGCAGAGUGGACAGUGAGAGUGAGAGACAGAAAGGUCUUCCUUUUGCCAUUGGUUCACCCUCCAAUGGCCGCCACGGCUGGCACGCCGCAGCCGGCGCACUGCGCUGAUCCGAUGGCAGGAGCCAGGUGCUUCUCCUGGUCUCCCAUGGGGUGCAGGGCCCAAGCACUUGGGCCAUCCUCCACUGCACUCCCUGGCCACAGCAGAGAGCUGGCCUGGAAGAGGGGCAACCGGGACAGAAUCUGGCGCUCCGACCGGGACUAGAACCCGGUGUGCCGGCACCUCUAGGUGGAGGAUUAGCCUAGUGAGCCGUGGCGCCGGCCAGACUCACACAUUUUUCUACAAAAGGAUACUCAGUUGUUUCCAGUGUUCUGCUAUUAAAAACAAUGGGCCUGUGAACUUCUUUGUACCUGUUUCCAUAAGCAAGCUUUUCUAGGUCUUAGGCUAGAUGGGGGAGCCGCUGGGCGGUAAAGGAUAUGCAUCUUCUGUUCCACCAGGUGAUGAGGUUCCUUCCAAAUUGCUUGUGCCAAUGUAUGUCCUUGCUCUUGAUGUGUGAGGCUUCCCAGCCUAUCGUGUUCUGGCCAAUAAUGAAGAGCUGUCAGCUUUUCAAAUGUUUACAACUUUGGUGGGUAGAAACUGGUAUCCUAUCAUCACAUCCUUCUUUUCCUUUUAACCGUUUUUAUGAAAAGCUGCACACACACACACAGGAGAGUACAUAUUAUAUAUUAAAAAGGGUUGACAGAUCCCCAUAUACCCAUCACCCUGUUUCAACAAUUACCACCUCAUAGCUCAUUUCAUAUCAAUAAUAACACACCCGUUUUCUCACCCCCAGAUCAUUCUGAAGCAAGUCUCAGGCAUUUUCUAGUCCUAUAUAUUUAGGUAUAUAUCUCAAGUUAUUAGAAAUUUUUUAAAAAGCAAAGAGCAAGUUUCAUUUUUUUCUCAAUAUAAAAUAGUUUACCUAUUACUCUGUGGUCUGUGUUUUUUGUACCUGACAUCCUUCCCUGCUUGUGGAGUUUCUUCUAAAGUAUUUCUUUUUCACAUUUAGGUCUUCCAUCCACCUGGAUUUUGUUGUUUAGGUUUGUUUUUGUUCUUGGCUUUUAAGUUAGGGAUCAUUUUUUCCCUUCUGUUUGAUUGACUCCUUUACUGACUAGUACAUCUUUUCCCCCACUGGCUGUGUUAUCAAACUGUCCUGAUUGUCUAUGGGAGCUUCUAUUUCCUUAUCUCUGUGUGGGUGCCAUACUGGCGUAUUACUUUUUUUUAAAGGUUUAUUCAUUAUUAUGAAUAGAGUGACAGAGACACAGAGAGAGGCAGGCAGAGAAAGAGAGCUUCCAUCCACAGGUUCACUCCCCAAAUGAUUGCAAUAUUCAGGACUGCAGCAGGCUGAAGCCCCAGGAGCCAGGAACUCCAUUCAUGUCUCCCACGUGGGUGGUAGGGGUCCAGGUACUUGGGCCAUCUUCUGCUGCCUCCCCAGACACAAGAGUAGGGACGUAGAUAGGAAGUAGAGCACCUGGGACUUGAGCCAUCAUGUUCCGAUACAGGAUGCUGGCAUUGUCAGCAACGUCUUAACUCGCUGUGCCACAACACUGACCCCUAUUGUUAUUUAUUUAUUUUUUUUUUGAUAAAGCUUGUAGGUCAAUUUUUCUCACUUAUUCAUAAGAAGCACUUUGAUUUUCUUGUUCAUGUACUCUUUCAUAUAAUUUGUUUAUUCAGUUUGUCAGGUUCCAAGAAAAAUCCCUUAGUGUUUUUAUUGGACUUACAUUGAAUUUAUGAAUUAUUAGGGGAGAAUGUUUUUAUGAUAGAGGCUUCCUAGCUGUAAAAAUACUAAGUCUCUGGGGCCAGUGCUGUGGUGCAGUGGAUUAAAGCCACAGCCUACAGCGCCAGUAUCCCAUCCACCAACAUCCGAUCAGCUCAGCUCUGGCUGUUGCAGUCAUUUGGGGAGUGAACCAGCGGAAUGAAAGACCUCUCUCUCUGUAACUCUUUCAAAUAAAUAAAAUAAAUCUUUUGAAAAAAAAAAAUGCUAUGUCUUGGGGCCAGCACUGUGAUCUAGCAGGUGAAGCCCCCACUUGUGCUGGCAUCACACAUGGGUGCCAGUUUGAGUCCUGGCUGCUCCACUUCUGAUCCAGCUCUCUGCUAUGGCCUGGGAAAGCAGUAGAAGAUGGCCCAAGUGCUUGGGCUCCUGCACCCGUGUGGGAGACCCAGGUGAAGCUCACAUUGACUAGUCGGCUUUGGCGGUUGUGGCCACUUGGGGAGUGAACCAGUGGAUAGAAGACCUCUCUCUCUCUCUCUCUCUCUCUCUCUGCCUCUCUUUAACUCUUCUGCCUUUCAAAUAAAUCAAUGAAUCUUAAAAAAAAAAAA